AUGGCAUUCAUCGAUUACGAAAAGGCCUUUGACUCUGUACAGAUACCAGCAGUACUAAAAUCUAUUCGAAGACAGGGAGUAGAGAUGUAUAUUCCGUCCAGCGUCGACGAAGACUUCCAGGGGAAGACGCAGGCGGAGAAGAUCCUGCAGAAGAUGGGUCUUAGGGUCUUCUCUUGGCAGGCCGAGGCCGCGGAGGACGUGGCGAGGGGCGCGCGCGAGUGGGGCUGCGUGGUGGUGCGGGGGCCUCCUCGCUCGGGCAAGACGACCGUGAUCGCCGCCGCCGCCAGGCUCUUGCAGCACGCCCUCGCGGACCGGGGCGCCCACAGGUCCUGUGCGAGCCAACAGCAGGACCCAGUCUCGACGCGGAGGUCGCAGCCGCUUUCGGGAAGCAACAGGGACGACGCGUCGGUAUCGGACACCGCCGACGGGCUUGACAUCGAAGUCCUCCACGCGAACCGACAGCUGCCCGACCGACAGGUGUACACAAUUCGGCCGCAGAGCUACGACCAGACGACCCUCUUGGGUUCCUCCUCGCAAGACGGCCUGCUGCCACGACUUCUCGAACGACUCACAGCCGCCCAGUCCCACAGCGUGGUGAUCCUCGAAGGUCCCGGAGCGUCGGAUUGCCUUCUUCGCCUCCACGACCUCCCAGGAACCCUUCUGCUGGAGUCCCUGAAGGCUGUGCGGAUCGGCCACAAUAUCACCUUCGUCGUGGAGGCGCGCGAGGACGAGCUCCUGCCGGCGUGGGUGCUGGGGCGGUCGUGCGUGGUGCAGCUCGACCCGGCCGUCCUCUCCGCUGCCUCUCUCCUCCCCGUCCCCGCCCUGACCCCGCCCCCACCGCUCUCGGAUCGACACAGCCACAGCAGCGCAACGCCCAGAAGCUCUAGCAAGCCCAGUACGCCCCGCCCCGUAGACUCCGCCCGCUCACAGGCUGACGAGGGCGAACCCACGCCUGCGAUGCUCAUGGAGUACCUCGUGCACCGCCUCCUGCAUCCCGUGUUGGACUUGGCGGCAGGGCGUUUCGGCAUCCCCCUCGCGGCCGUCGAUCUGAUCAGGCAAAUCGAAGAGCUUCUGGGUGGCAGCCUGACGUCACUCGGCGCAGGAGAAGAGCUCGCCGCGGGAGAGGUGGCGCGCGCGGUGGAGGCGCUGGUGCAAGGGACGCGAGCUCAACUGGACGUCUCCCUGCUGCCAGAGCUCCUGCUGACACUCAAGGCUGCCCUCAAGCAGGUGGCUGCGGAUGGUAUCCUGCAAGGAAGGUGUAUGGAUGUGGUGCAAGGCCUCGCCUCUUAUGGCGGCCCUGUCGUCGACUGUUACUGGGACGCCGCCUCCUCCGCCUGGAGCCCCUGGACGCCCUCGCCGCCAGCAGAGGAGGGCGCCGAGGCCCACGCGAGGCCGACGUUGGAGAUCGCAAGACUGCAGUGGUUCCUCCAGCGGGUCAUGAAGAGCGGCCUUCCUUUGGCGGUGGCAGGACCUCCUUCGAGCGGCAAAUCCACGACUGUCAUGGCGGUGCUGGCAUCCCUCGCCGGAUGGACGCCCGUGAUAGUGCGAGUGACACCGACGACCUCUCCCGAGGACCUGGAAGAGAUGGUCUUUUCCCGCGUCACGAGGACGUCCUACGACACGCUGGCGCCCGACUCGCCCGUCGUCCUCUGCUUCGACGACCUCGGCUGCCUCCCGGCUGGCGGCAGGACUGAGAGCUACGUGCGCGCCCUGGCCUUCCACGGAGGCGUCUACACACGCGGCGAGCGAGUGCGCUGGACGGAGCUCGUCGACGUGUAUAUCAUGGGCGUCUGCACUCGCCAAGGAAACCAGGCGGAGGGCGGGCUAGACUUGAGUGGAUGGGCGGUGUACAACAUGGGCGUGGAUGAGUCCUCGUGCGCAUCGGCUGUGUCCGCCGCCCUCACGCCCAUCGCCGCCCUCCAGAGCCAGAUCACCGAGGCUCUCACAGCGACCACGGAGACUCUUGCUAAGAAAGUGACGAUUCUCCCGGGGCUUAACGAGGAGCCGUUCGGACCCGCGAACGCUCAGGCGAUCCUUUGGCACGUGGCCGCCUCCCUGGCUGGCCUCUUCCGAAACCCUUCGUCCUUGACUUCGUCUUCGUCAACGGGGAUGUUCGUUCUUCGCGCUUGGCUGCACGUUCUCGCCGUCCGUGUCUACCAUCCCAUUCAUUCUGUUAAGACGAGGGAGCGAGUGUGGUCGGAGAUUCAGGCUUGUGUGAACGAAGGCUGCGGCGCCGUGGUGGGGGAGGCGCCCCCUGAACUCCCUCUCUCUCUAUGGCCUCCUUCUGCCGACCCCGACGCCCCCUUGACCCCGGAGUUUGCCACAGAAGAGGAGGUCACAGCUAGCAUAUUUCGGGUCCUGGAUGCCAAGAACACGGGCGGAGCAGCCCAUGGGCACAGGGGCGUGGCCAUCGGUGUGGCUGUCGUGGUAGACGUGCUGCACGCCUUUCUGCACGCCCGCGCCGCCAACGCCACGCCGUUCCUUCUCCUCAUCGGUCCACCUUCCAAGGACAAGGAUAUUGUAGUCAAUCUCGCGGUGUCCUACUUGGGGAUCGAGCUGACGACGGUCGCCGCGCGCGAGGAGGCACUGGCGGCGCUGCAGAAGGGCGAAGACAGAGAGCCCGGCGAAGGAGGGAAGGAAGCCUCGUCUCCUCGCUUGGUUUGCAUCCCCGCGUCACUCCUUCGUGGUCGAGAAGUGUUAGAUGCUGUCCUCAAAGUGACGACCGGACCUGUUUCAAAUGACCAAAACAAGAAGGUGGUGCUGGUAGCCGGGAGCCGGGAGGAGGUAUGGCCCUUGCAGAAGGACCUGGCGACGGUGGCUCGUCAUGGGCGCGUGGUCUGCCUGCCCGCCCACACCGCCGCCCACCACGAAACCUUCAUUGCUGAACUCCUGCGGAAGAAGGAAGCGCUUAAGGACGAGAACGAAAGUACGCGUUCACAGGUGGCAGAGUUCAUGGGUUACGUCCACGAGAGCUACUGUGACACCUCUGUAGGAGGGGCCUUGCUCGCAGCGCCUCCGCGUAGCGCCAAGGGCUUUUCACAGCCACAGAUGCAGCAGCUUCCUUCUGUGGUUGCGAUGGAAGACAUGGUCACUACCUUUGUCAGGAGGCUCAAGGAACGGAAGGAGCACACGCAGAAGAAGCUUCGCGACCUCCGGACUGCCGUCGGCCGCGUGGGAGAAUUGGAGGGUCACGUGACUUCCCUUAAGACCACCAACACUUGCCUGGAGACGACGCUUGAGGAGGCAGCCGCCGAAAUCACCAAGAUCAAGGAAAAUCUUGAAGACAGAGAAUCGAACAUCGAGACGCACGAGAAGGGCGUGGCCGAACUACGGGCGGAGGUGGCGCGGGUGGACCGGACGGCGCAGGAGCUCAACGGCGAGGUGGAGGAGUACGUGACAGAGACCAAGGCGCCGCUGGUCGAGAUCACCAACAGCCUCGCCGAACUGGACAUCCAACGAAUCCGGAAGCUGCUCUCCCGCUCGCCCAUUUCGGCCAUCCAGGUGGUGUUCGAGUGCGCCGUGUCGCUGAUGAGUAACCAGGACGUGACGUGGAGGGCGGUGCGUCACGCCACCCAGGACGAAGCCUUCUGCACCAAGAUCGCUGCCAUCUGUGUCCCCAGCCUCAAGCAGGCGCAGAUCGUUGGCCUCACGGAGAAGCUCGAGCAAAUCAAGAUGACGCCGGAGCACCUGUCUCGCGUGAGUGACAUCGGCGGGGUCCUCCUGCAGUAUCUGCGUACCGCCAUCUUUUUCUGGCACAGGUAUCACGAGGACGUGCAGCCGCGACAGGAGCGCGUUCAAGAGCUCAAGGAUCAAUGCACGCAGUUGCAAGUGGAGAUGGCGACGAAGGAGAGGCUGAUUCGAGGUGCCCGGGAGGAGGUUGCCAAACUGACGGCGCGACUGAAGGACGAGGAGGGCCGUGUAGUUGCUCUCAAAAGGCAGAAGAUCGACGUCGAGGAGGAGCUGGCCAACGUGCUAGCCGUCAUCACGGAACUGCUGCCGCACGCGGAGAGCUGGAGAAAGAAGAUCAAGGAACAGGAGGACAUGCUGACGCAGCUGACCGGGAAAUGUCUUUCGGAGGCAGCUAGGCUUACGUACUUAUCUGCUCUUUCGCCCGCCGCGCGCUCCUCCCUCGCUGGCGUGUGGGAGGCCGACUUGGUUAGCAGGGGUCUUCUUGCGCCGCAGCAGCCGCAGCCGCAGCGGGGCCUUCGGUUAGUCUUGCGGGCUGGGGAGCUUCAGCAGGACGUCGACGAGGCCCUUCGGCAUAACGCCAACCGUGCCCCUCUUCUGCUCGUGCGGGAUCCCCAUCACUUGGUGGAGGAGUACGUCAGAGGUGGAGUUUGGUUGAAUGUGGAGUCGGGGUCAUGGAGAGAGGCGUUGGUGGAGAGACUGGCAGUCACUCCACGCACGCCGCUCUAUCUGCGACUGCAACAUGCUAUGGCUUUGGAUGUGGUGGCCUGCACACAGAAACUGCUGCAGGAUGGCGACGGAGGCCUACGGAUUCUCGUGGUGCUGGAUGACACGUGUUCCGAGGCGCCGUGUCCGCUCUGCGCCGCUCUUCCCGCCAUCGACCUUGCUCUCGACGACCAGGGUAUCGUGCACCAGCUGGUUCAAACGGCUGUUAGAUGGCACGACCCACAGCUGGAGGAGGAAAUGGUGAAGACCGUACAGGUGACGACGGCAGCGCGGCAGGGCAAGGAGGCUGCCGAAGGGGCGCUCGUCAGGGCGCUCAUACACGCCUCGAAGGCCACGUCCGCGGACGACCUCGACGCCUUCAUGGACCACGUGGACGCACUCAAUAAUGCGAUCAGCACGGCAGGCGAGCAAGAGGAGCAGUUGGCGAAGGUAACGACGAGGGUGUCAGAGAGGUACCUGCGAAUGGCCGUUUUCGCCGGCCUCCUGCACCGAGUGGCCGAUGCCCUCGCCUCCCUGGACGUCAGUUAUAAUAUCCCGCUGCAUCUCCUGCACGAAAACCUUGCCUACAAGAUGGACGCAUUGGGUGAAGCUGUUCGGGCUAGGAGCGCAGAGAAAGACGCCGGCGCCGCCCUCCUCGAGAGCGACGGCCAGAGUAUGCUACAAACCGUGACGGAAUCCGUCUUCGAACUCUUGGACAUUCGGCUUCAGCUUAGCCACAGAGCCAUCGUCGCCGCCUGCUUCGCCCUGGCCCGCGCUAACCUGGACCAUCCGGACGAGGAUUACGUGCGGGCGUUCCUCGUGGGCGCAGAACCCGCCAGUCGUGUCUGGGAAGCCGUCGCGAGGAGCUCGAGGCGGCGUUCGGAAGAAGAAGAACCCGGCUCUCUUGAGCAGGAAGAGAAAAAGCAAAAGGAAAUGAUGAUGGAAGAAUUGGAAAAAGAUGAAAAGGAGGAGGAAGAGAGCAUUCCAGAGUGGAUUCCCGCGCAGUGUGACCCUAAGGGGAGCAAGGUCCUCGCGCGUCUGGCGGUCGCUUGCCCGAGUCUGUUUCCGCCGCCGCCCCGCCCCCUCGACACCCAGGACGCCGCCCACCUUCUGCGAUGGCUCGACAAGGCCACGCCCACUUGGCCUAAUGUCUUCCAGUGUUCCGGAAGUCUUAUGCAGGCGGCGCAGCAGGUGGUGAUAGCGCGUCACCUACGACCUGACCUGCUGCCGGAGGCGAUAGAGGCUCUGGUCCGGGAGACACUGGGUCACGGAGCACUUGCGCCUCCUCCGGACGUACUUUCCCAGGCUGUCUCUCAGCAUGCACGCGCGCGCAAGACGAAGAGGAGCGGCCUGAGUGACGUCAUUCAGGUGAGCGUCGGCCGCGGCGUCGACCCCGCGCGGCUGAUGACGGAGGCGGCGCGAAGGGCUGGUCUGGCCUCCUACAAGCUCACCUUUCUCUCCCUCGCCACGGCCUCGCACCAGGAACUGCGGCGCCGCGUGGUGAUGGCGGCGCGGCGCAGGACGUGGCUAGUGCUGCUCGACUGCGAGGUGGCACCGCACGCUCUUCCAUGCGCCCACGCCGCCCUCUCAGCUCUCCCUCGCACCCUCCCCACGCCCGCCGUCCUCUGCGUAGUGGCUGAUGGGUCCAAGUGCGCCAGGCGCCUGCAUUGCGCUGUUGUUGCCCAGAUUGAGCAUCCCCUUGGCCUUGCCUCCACCCUCGCUUCCUACCUGCCCGUCGCCCACGCCCACCACGAGUCGCACACCCACUCUACUGGAGCAUCUGAUUCGUUCGCCCAGGCGGCGACGCUGAUCGCCGCCUACGCCCACUCUCUGCUCAGUGUCCGUGGGGAGUACAGAAGCCAGGGGUGGCACCGUCAGCCGAUGCUGCCGGAGACACUGCUGGUGGAGGCGCUGGAAGCCGCCAGGCACCACUCCGCGUCCAGCUCCUCCGCCAACCCGGCUUGGGACGUUCUGGCCAAACUCCUGUCCAAGAUAGUGUACGGGAGCGUGCUGGCAUCUAAUUUGGACCAGCUGGUGGUUGACAAACUCUUCAGUGACCACCUGAACAACCACGUUUUCCCAGCCAAAAGGAGAUUCCGACACGCGGAUUCACAGCAGACAGAUACAACCACGGAGGGCACGAGACAGACAAGCGAGUCGAGAGCAGAAACAGCAGAACUCCAGGAAGAGGAUGAAGAGAGUCGAAGGGCGCCCGUGUUAUCUUUGCGCCCACAACAAGCCCGCGAAGGACCGAGCAAGAAUGCAAUAUUGCUGCACUCCUUCCCUGAGAAGGACCUCAGCCUAGACCUCGAGCUGCCGCCUCAGCUGGCUGUGGACUGUUUAAGCGAGGACGCGCAGGAACAUGAGAGGGCUUUGUUGGGUGUCCACGAAGACGGUGGGAGACACAAGGAACAAGAGAAGCUGAUGGAGACCUUGGACGUGUUCGCUGAGGAGCCUACAGUGUGUGUGCCUGCGUGGGCGGUGCUAGCGAUGAUCUCGGAGCUCCGCGCCGGCCUGGCCGGCCCCGUGAGCAUGCGGGCGGCACUGGUGACCAGGGAGGAGGACCUGGAGACGCGGGCGUGGCAGCAGGAGGCACGUAUCUGGGACAGCACCUACGACUACGCCCACGGCCGCCUGAAGCUCAUCCACGAGAUGGUCCGCAGCGGCUCCACGCUCCCGUCUGCUGCGCUGCGGAUCCUGGCUGAUUUAUUGCAGACAUGCGUGUUGGGGCCCGAAGUCGCGGCUUCACUAGCGGGUGUAGACGCAGGCGAGGGCGAGGUGCGGGCAGGCCAGGAGAACAGGAUGCGAGUGGAGGCAGCGAGGACGGUGGUAGCGGCCACGAAGCGCGUGUGUGAAGAGUGGCAGGCGAGGCAUCACCACCUGCUCACUUGGGCAGAGCACGAGACACCUCCCACGGAAGUGCGUUUGGGCCUCCUGGCGGAACCUGGAUGGUUCCUCACGCGGCUGCGAGAAGCCGUGUGCACGCGCGCCCAUUGGCCUCUGCAUGGCUCCCUCGUGCACGCGCGCCCGGUCACCCGCGUGCCCUUGGAACGCCCACAGCAGGGCGUAUACGCAUCGGGGGGGCGGUUGGUGGGUGGUCGUUGGUCAGGCGAGGAGGUCGUCCCCGAGGACUGCGAGGACAAUAGGCGUCCCCUGACACUCAUGCUCACCGUUUCGCACGCCCUUCCGCCCACGCCUGUGGGCUGCGUGUGGGUGCCCAUGGUGAGCAGGUCCUCGUCUGCGUCUCCACUGUUCCCCGUUUUGUUGCCUCUCCACCCUUCCUUCGAAUCCACCCGCACGCCGCUCCACCUCCUGGCUCUGUGAGGGUGUAACCCAGUUAUAUCUGUAUAUAUCAUAUUGUUGAUAUAUGUAUGCAAAUGUUAUUCUAUGUAUCUAUUGUUAUAGUCUACAAAAUUUACAUAAUCUUAUGUUUGGCACAUAUGCAGCCAGUUCAAUAUACCAAAACAUUAAUUAUAUUCCCCUCCAGUAUUUCACUGUCACCUUUAUAUAGGGUAUACAAAUGUAGGCCUGUACAUUUAUUAUA